ACCGGUCAGUGAGGCGAACUUUGAGAAGCAAGAUUUUGGUGACCUCUUCUUCAGUAUGGUUGAAGUAACAGCAAAUAACUUCAACCAACUGCUCCCAGAAAUAUUAGCAGACAUAAAAUCAGCCUCAUUUAUUGCUGUGGACACUGAGUUUACAGGGCUUUUGUCAGAUGAAGUCUUCGUGGGCAGCCUGUUUGAUGAUGGGCCUCACAGGUACCAGAAGUUGAUAUCAAACAUGAGGAGAUUUUCAAUAUGCCAGCUUGGUUUAGCAGUCUUUAAGGGCAUUCCUAAUGUGAACAAGUACACUGUGACUAGCUACAACUUCUACCUGCGGCCACACUCAUGCAACUCCUUCGACCCAACUUUUAUGUGCCAGGCCUCAAGCCUCGAAUUUCUGCAGAAAUAUCAAUUUGACUUCAACAAGUGGCUGUAUGGGGGCAUUACCUUCAUGAACACAAAUGAAGCUGAAGAACUUCGUAGUGAUUUGUUGUCUUUCAUGCAAGGAAACAAAGGCUUCAGACUCUCUUUUGAGGUGCAAGACCAGUUGAGCAACAUAGGACAGUGGGCAGCUACAGCACAAGAGGGAGACACAACCACCUGCUCUGUUGGCCAUGACAUUACAUCCCAGGUGCUGCUCGUAGCUAGUACACACAACAAGUUCACUGACCUCUGGGCAGGAAUAGACAAUGACCAGGUUGUCAUUAAAAAAGUUUCUGCUGAUGAACGCACAAGACUUGAGGCGCAGGAUCCCCAAAGUGUAGAUUUUGUUGAAGGUAUUGUGAGCAGGAUGCAGGGGUUCACUACAGUAUUCCAGUAUCUAGCACAACAUCAGAAGCCAAUUGUCUUUCACAACUCUCUUUUGGAUCUUUUGUUGAUAUAUAAGCAGUUUCAUCGGCACCUACCACAGUCAUACUCAGCCUUCAAGACUGACUUACAUCAGAUGUUUCCCAUUAUUUACGACACCAAGUUCAUCGCCACAGAGCUGAGAUACCACUAUAAAGAAAAAGAUGAUGAAGUCAGUAUUUUGUUCAACAACACAUCGCUGUAUGAUUUAGCUUCCUCCAUGAAGAGAGCGAGCUCAGUGUUGUACAAACCUUCACUGAUACAUCAUCCUCCUGUAAAUAAGUAUAGUGGAGAUAAGGCUGUGCUCCAUGAAGCAGGCUAUGAUGCUUAUGUCACUGGGAUGUGUUUCCUCAGUAUGGCUCACCUAUACACCAUGCUCAUGAUGACAUCGAGGUUACAGCAUCGCCCCUUGAGUCCACAAGAACAUGUGUACGCACUCAAGAACUUCGCAAACCGUGUACAUAUACCAAGAGCAACAAUUAGUUACAUGGAACUGACUGGCAGGGAUCCAAGAUCCAAACGCCCUCCCUGGCUACUUGUUGAACCUCGAAACAGAUCAGUGAGAGUUACACCUGGCAUGGUGUCAACAACACUGGCGCAGUAUGGAAGUCUUGAUGUUAUUCGUCGCAACAAUAGUUCAGUCCUGGUUGCCACAGCUAACUGGAAAUGUGUGAGGGACAUUUUGAUGAACCUAUCAGAGGAUAGCCGUAUGAAGGCCCAGCUCUACAAAAGACUAAAGCAUUCACCCCUUAUAAGAACCCUUGCCUGGUCAGGAGCCUUGGUAUCGACGGGGUUUAGUGCAUGGAUAGUGUACACCACGUUAAGAAGGACAUCUUAAUCAUCCAUCUCCCUAAGACUUUUGUAAUUUGAUGCAAAUACCAUCUUAUUUUUACAUUCAAGAUAUUAAUAUAUAACUUUAAUUAUUAUUCUCUACAUUGUAAAUGCUUUGUUGAUAAAAUUAAUAAAAUAAUUUAUAAUCA